AUGGAAAUCACUAUUACUGAUCCUGAUGAUUACACACAAAGGCCAAGAAUCUUUAGUCUUAAUAGCAUUGAUACUAGGAAGUCCACGAAUUCUUUAAAUAUUCAUUUGCCUACCCCCUUAAUAGGAAAAGAAGGUUUUUUCAAGAAAAUUUGAGCUGCUAACUCCCCCCCCCCCCUCCGUGAGCGAACAAAACCAUUAGAAAAAUCGCCAUUUUUUUGACAAAAACCCACCCUCCGUGAGUGUGAACAAAAAUUUUUUUUAAUAGAAAAAAUUUUAAUGGAAAAAAAUUUUGAUAUAUAAGUGAUAAUUAGUAUAAUGAAAUCUAGAGCUAAUUCUGUUUUAAUUUUAAACAAAAAUUGCGUUUUAAAACAUAAAUUUUGCAAAUUAAAUUAAUAUUUGCUUCCCAAUUUUUGCAAAUUAGGAUUUUUUUUAAUUUCGAAAAAAAAAUUUUUUAUAAAAUUUAUAUAUAAUUUUUUUUUUAAAAAAAAAAUUAACCCCCCUCCGUGAGCGAACAAAAUUUUUUUGUUCGCUCACGGAGGGGGGGGGGAGUAAGUAACUUUAAAUAAUUAAUAAUAAUUUGCCUACCCCCAAAGGCAGCCUAUCUAGCUACUCUCGGAUUAGUUUAUUUUCACCAAAAACACCAAAAACACCGAAAUCAACAAGAAUCAAGUAUAAGAAUAAAUCACAUGGAAAAAUAGAUUUUCAUACAAAAGAAUUUUACGACAAAAACUUUUCACCUAAAAACGUCGAUUCUGAAAUCAUCAAAAGUGUUUUGGCCAAGACUUCUCAUCCUACAACCGCCAAUAUUUUAGAAAAGAAUCGACAAAAAUUAUAUGAGAAACCUGCGCUGCCAAAAAUCAUAAAGGACCAUAUUAAGCUUCCAAAACACCCAGUGGAGCCUUCUAAAACUAUAGAUGCUGAUGGCUAUUUAACUAAAAUCCACAGCGCUGAAAGCUUAAAAAAGCUAAAAUUUAUGGUACGAGCAACAGAGUCAGAUUUAUCAGCAAAAAUUGAUGAUUUAAAGAAAUUAACAAAGGCUGAUCUACAGGAGUUUAAAGAAAUAAGGGCAAGAAGAUGAAAUCGCACGAAGUUCAGGGAUUUUGAAAACGAAUUAACUGGUAAAGAAAUUUACAAUAUUUUGAAAAGACUGAAAAAUCAACUUACUCCCCCCCUUUCCGUGAGUGAACAAAACCAUUAGAAAAAUCGGCAUUUUUUGCCCAAAAAUCCAUCCUCCGUAUGAACAAAAUUUUUUAAUAGAAAAAUUUUUUAUGGAAAAAAAAUUUGAUAUAUAAGUGAUAAUUAGGAUAAUGAAAUCUAGAGCUAAUUCUGUUUAAUUUUAUAAAUUAAAUUAAUAUUUUGCUUCCAAUUUUCGCGAAUUAGGAUUUUUUUAAAUUUCGAAAAAAUAUUUUUUAUGAAAUUUAAAUAUAAAUUGUUUAAAAACAAAAAAUUAACCCCCCUCCGUGAGUGAACAAAAUUUUUUUGUUCACUCACGGAGGGGGGGGAGUUAAAAAGUUUGUUUACUAG